GCAUCGCAUUGCCACCUUAACCACUACUUCAACUUCACGGGCGACGAGCUCGCCCAGCGCACGGGCCACUUCGACAAGUGGCAGGACAUCGAGGUCGCGGAGGCCCCCCGCACGCAGGCGCGGGGUGAGGGCGCAGAAUGGCUGGCCCGCAGGCCCGGGGCCCCGCGCGCCGGCGCGUCGGCGCGGCUUGCCGAGGGCCGCGAAGACGCCAACAUGAAAAACAGGGUGGGCUGGCUGGCCAGGGGCCUCCUCAAGCAUCCCAUCGCGACGCGGCUCUUCGCCAGGCGCGCCCCCGACCAGGGGCCGCGCGACACGGGCGCCGCAGGCGACGAGAACGAUGGCGAGGUGAUGCUGAGGGUGUCUGAGGCCGAAACACCCCCUGACUUCCCGCGGGGCGUGGCGGAAGUGACGCAAGGCAGCAUCACCGCCGACGCGGCCAACGCCAGCGAGCUCCACUACAUCAGCUGCACGAUCACGCUGCUGGACAUCGCUGGCCGCCGCAGUUGGCCGGCCCAUGCGGACCUCGAGAUGGCAGAGUAUCGGCCGCCGCCCAUCACUCCGAAGCAGGCCGUGGACAGCCGCGGCCGCUUCCGCCCCAAGAUGGGCCUGAGCGAGGCCGACCGGCAUUCGCGACUGCAGAAGCUGGGCGGCUACGCUAGAGCAGCGCGCAUCGCCGGCGCGCUGAACGCUUCGGGGGCGGGGGCCUCCUGGCCCGCGGCGCAGACCGCCAUCCUGCUCCACCCGAUGGCCAAGCCGAGCGGCGGCUUCCGCAAUCCCAGGCCGAUUCCCGAGCUGGCGAGGCUGCAGGGGGCCGCCCGCGCGCCGACCAGGAACAGGAAGGACUACGACUGGGCAGCCCGGGGUAGGUCCAGCGAGAGGGCGGCGUGGACCCAGGCCCUGUCCUACGUGGCCACCGUCGCCCAGGAUCUAAACUGCGCGGCCACGCAUUUCGACCCGGCCGAGUGCUUCGAGUUCGUGGCCCGCGCCAAGGCGUGGGGGACCAGGCUGCGCCGGGGCUUCAACCGCGCCAUCCUGGGGGGGCGCCGCUGGGCGCGCGGCGUCGUCGCGGGCAGCCGCUUCGCGCCCUUCUGCCUGGAGAUGGUAAUCUUCGCCGAGCUGGACGGGGUCGCGCUGGCCUUCCCGCGGGCGGACGCGCGCCUCUUCUUCGACGACCUGGCGGUCGCUGCCCACGGGCCGCGGCAGUUCGCGGCGCGCUGGCACGCCGCCUCGGCGCAGACGCCGCUGCGCAUGCUCGAGCAGACCUCGGACAUGCAGGCGUCCAAGGGUGAGCCGGGUAAGACCGUCACAAUGACAUCGGCCCCAUCGCCCCAGACCAUCCUCGCCAAGCGCAUCAGGCCGCUGAACCUGCGCAUGGCGACUUCCGAGAACCACUCGGGCGUCGCCGCGGCUGCGGGCCGACGAAGGCUGCUCGGAGCCUUCCCCAAGAGGGCAGCGAAUUUCGCGGCGAGGCGGGAUCUCAUCGCCAGGAUUCGACAAGCAGGUGGGCCAGCUGAUAGAAUCGUUCGACAAGCCAAGCUGCCACCACCCACGCGCGGGGCGCAGGCCAUGGGCAAGUCGGACACCAUGGCCAGGGAGCUGCACCUGAGCGUCGCCCCUUUUUACAGCGGGAACGCCAAUGAGCGACCCGGCCACCAGGUGCUCCGCGCGGAAGACGUGGACCCAGGUGCGACGGCCAACGAGGCGCCCCUGCUGGCUUCGGCGCAGGCUUGGCACGAGGCAGAGCCCCAGCCACACCUGAUCGGCCACCUGCAGGCCGCCUGGAAGCGCCGGGCGCCCAGGGUGGCGCGCGCCAAAGUGCCCCGGCAGAUUGCCCGAGGGCCCGCUGGCGCCGUCAUAGCCACCGCGCGGCCGGCGCCGGGGCUGGCAGACCCAAACG